AUUUUAUUUUCCAUGAUUGUCUUUAUGUGUGGAAUCUCCCAUCUGAUACGUAUUAAAUAUUAUUGGUAUUCCAGGUGUUCAAUUUCAGCACCGGAAGAAUAAUUAAUAAAACAGUGUUUGACAGUGAGGUCACUGCUAUGGACCAUGACCAUACUGGUCAGCUAAUUUUCUGUGGGGAUGCACAGGGAUGUGUUUAUACAGUUAAAAUGGACUCUCACACAGGUGCAUUAUCUCGGUCUCAUCGUAAUCGAAGUAGCAGCAAGCGCAAAUCUCCUAUCACAACUGUGCAGUACAGAACAUUUUCUCUACUAGCACGAGGCCCUGUGCUUUUGAUAUUUACUCGAGAUGGAAACUUGUCUUUCUUUAGUGUUGCUUUGGAGAUACAAGGUUAUUUGACUCUUCGUUGCUCACUGAAAUUGGCUCCACGACUACACAGCAUCCGUGCUUCUUUCUGCCCUCUGCUUUCCCUUGAAAAAGGAGAAUACAUAGUUGCCGGUAGUGAGGAUGCAAAUGUGUACUUCUACGAUUUAACUCGACCACGGCAUACAUGUGUAAACAAGCUACAGGGUCAUGGCUACUCAGUUAUAGGUAUUGCUUGGAACCAUGGAGAGAAUUUGUUGGCCUCAUCUGAUUUUGGAGGCACUGUUAUUGUAUGGAAGAGAGCAAAGAUGAAUUAAAUUCCAAGGUAGAGUUUUCGAAGACAAAUCAGGAAAAAACCGCGGGAGAAUACUCAGAUGCGCUUUGUCAUUCUUUUUUGUAGAACUGUGGAAAAUAUAGUUUGGUAUCUCUCACAACCGUCUUAUGUCUUAUAAUCGGUAGAGUUAAGGAAACUGAGCAAUCAGGAGGACUAGGAAAUAUAUUUCUUUGUAUACAAUAUAUAUUUUCGGUUUGAUUUGAUUGAUUGAAUCUACAAGAUUCUUAUCCAUCAUUUUUCUAUAAAUUUUUGUGGAUUAACUUGGCG